AUGCAACGCAGCCCUAUCUGUAACUGUACCUAACAGCAUGACCGAACCGCUGCAGUCCGACCACACACACUACUAUACACAACUAUACACAACACAUGGGCAGGCCAUGAGAUCGCUUCGGUCUGGUAACAAGACAUUUCUGGUCAAUCAAGUUGCAGCACGCCGGACAUCCAACAGGAGGCAUAUCGUUGUCAUGUAGGUUGGGUUCAUCACCCGUCCUCCCUCUUAGGGAACCAUUGUUAUGGUCAUUCCUUCACGUAGCGUGUGCGUAUUGCUGGCCUGAAACAGCAGUAUUGCUGCUGGACACCAAAAGUGAGGCACAAGGUUUGAAGCGGGCUGGUAGGCAGGCCGUCCAACGGCACCAGCAGAAGCUGGAAAAGUGAGGCUUGGCAAUGUUACGCAAGUCGACGUACGGGGUCACCACAGCACAUGUUGCUUGCGCGGCUUUGGCCCAACCGCACUACGUCUAUGCCAUGAGGUCCACCGGAGACGGCAUCGUUGGCGACGAUUCCAACAGUGACAAAGCCGCCUCCGAUGGCAACACCUCAAUCGCGACCGCUUGCCUUCCUGUCUUCGCCGCGGCGGCUCCCGCCGGGCCCGCGACCCCCCCUGCCAUGCCGGCUCCUGCCGGUCUCGCCCUCCCGCGGCUUUCGUCUUAUGCGCUCGACGUGGGAUCCGAGUACGACCCAGGUUCUCCAGGAUCCCCGGAUCCAGGGCUGACGGCCGGCAGCGCAGGACGGAGCACAGGCGUCGAGGGAGCGACAGCAGUUUCGGAUCAGCAGCAACGGCAAAACGGCUUUGCUGGUGACACAUGGGUGACCCAUGGGUCACUUGGGUCGUCAGCGGCGCCGCGCUUCCAGGAACCGGCGUCCCCUCCUCUGCAGCAGCAGAGGAAAGGAUCGGGACUGGUUUUGUUGGGGGCAAUGGCGGCAGCGCUGGUGACCCGUGGGUCAAUUGAGCAGCAGCAGCAACAGCAGCUACUACAACAGCUGCAGGAGCCCCGGCUAACCGCCACGCCACCAUCGCUUCUUCACAGCAAAUUGCAGGCCCCCCCUCAACCACCCUCGCUGUCAUCAACUGCAUCCUCGCUGCCGACGCCGGAGUCUACCGUCGAGCCACCGUCCCCCUCGCCACCCUCGCCGCCACCAUCCUCCCUUCCCCUGGAAAGCGGUUCGCAGCCUGUCCCAAUGCAGCUGCACCAGCUGCCAAUCUCUGAGCUUCCGCAGCAGGACCCGGCGCAGUCGGAGCUGCCUGCGCCGCGUGAGUCGCGCCCGUCACCUCCAUCGCCGCCGGCGCCAAUAAUGGAGCAGCCAUCGCCGCUGCCUCAAUCGCCUCUGCCACCGCCGCCAACCCCGGCGGAUCAAUCACCGCCGCCGCUGCCGCAAGCGUCGCCGCCUCAGCUGAAGGAGAAGGAGGAGCCUCAGCCGCAACUGCCAACGCAGCCGCCGCCACCCCCGGAGCCGCUGCCUGAGUCGCCACCGCCGCCGCCGCUAUCGCCGCCGCCACUACCACCGCCGCCGCCGCUGCCUACGUCACCUCCAAUCCCACAGGCGUCAGCGCCAUGGCCGCCGUCAGUGGACCCGUCGCCGUCGGCGGCAGCAGCGGCAGCAGUACGGCCUCAGUUUCCUGCCGUACCAGCGGCCGAUCAGUGCCAAGAUCCCGAAGAAGGCGUGCAGGCCGCGGCGGCGGCGGCGGAACCGCUCGGCCCGCCGUCGCUGCCGCCGCCGCCGCCAGGUGAUGUAGCGGAGGCGGAGAAGCAAUACGGGACUAACCAUCCCCAGCUGCAACCCCUGGCGGAGGCGCCGCCGCUGUCGUCGCACCCUCAGCCUCGGCGCCCAGACGGGUCUCCUGAGGAGCAGCAACCAGCGGAGGCGGCGGAAGCGGCGGAGGCGGAGGCGGAGGCGGAGGGAGUGCCGGCGGCGGGUGCGGGUGCGGGUGCGGCUGAGGAGGAUGCGGGGCAGCUGUCAUUACAACCCCCGCCGCUGCAUCGACUGCAGCAACCAACGCUGGAGCUGAAGCGCAGGGCGAACGAGACGGUCAAGGAGGAGAGUGGGUCGCUUUCGCCUCCGCCUCUGCCUCCGCCUCCGCCGCAGCCUCAGCAGCCUCAGCAGCCUCCUUCGUCGCCUCCAGCACCACCACAGCAGCAGCAGCAGCAGCGGCGGCAGCGGCAGCAGCGACAGCCGCCGGAGCCUUUCAAGGACAGCCAGGCGGCCACGAAGGCGGUGGCGGGCGACGCACCACAGCCGCAGCCUCCGUCGCUUACCCCGGCUGCUGCUGCUGAUCCGCCAGUGGCUUCGGGGGGCGCGACACAGCCGCAGCAGCCGCCGUCUCUCGCGUCGGCUCCGUCGGCUCCGUCGGCUCCGUCGGCUCCGUCGGCUCCGUCACCAACACCAACAUCACAACCACCGCAACAGCAGCACCAGCCGCCACAACCCAUGCAGCAGCCUCCGGAACCCUUCAAGACGCUUGAAAGUCUGCUUUCAACGGAAGUUACACCCAAGGAGACGAGACUGAUGACCCAUGGGUCACUGGAGUCCCAGCCGUCAUCCCAAUUCGACGAGUUCGGACCACUGCCGCCGCCCAUUUCCAGCCGCAUCUCCACUACAUUCGUCCAAGUGCCGCCUGCAGACCCACGGGUCAGUCGCGCCGCCCUGCCCUACGAGUACGACACUCGCGCCCGUGCGCUGCUGCUCCGAAUGGCGGUCGCCGCCGUACUGUUUUUCAUUUCGGUGGCAAUGGUCGCGGCGGCGGUGUUGACGGUGGUGGGCUGGCGUCCGCUGCUGGUGGCGGCGGCGAUUGCGGAGGCGGCUUUCCUGCUGCACUAUCCGUACAGGUACUCCAGCUUUAACGCCCAACCGCCUCGCCACGCGCCUGACAACCAUGACGGCCUAACCGCUUUCAACCGACUACUGGAGGUGUGUCGCCAGUCGUCGUACGUCAUUGACGCAGACACCUACUUAGGCACCUGGUUUUGCGGGGCCGACCCACGGGUCAUCAAGCAGGAUAACCUGGCGGAUCUCCUGGCGUACGGAUUCUGGUACAAAAGCAGGACCCAAAUGGAGCGCGAGGGUCACGGUCCGCUGCUGCGGCGCUGCGUGGCGCAGCUGCAGUCCGCGUUCCGCAUCUCCCUGCCCCCGGGCUAUACCCCCAACCUGUCCUGCAUGACACACCUGUGGGAGCCGCUGAGGGCGGGGUACAGGCCACUGCUCUUCUACGGCGCCACUGAGGUCAUCGCGCUGUUGGGCCACUCGCUGCUCGCCGCCAUGGGUUUCACACUGGGCUGCGACCCGGGGUCGGGAAUGCUGGUUGCGGCAACGGAGGAGCUGCGACUGGGGGCGGCGGAGGAGGAGGAGAGGA